GGAGAGAGAGAACGAGAGAGAGAAAGAAAGAAAGAACAGGUGUAUAAAGGGAAAGUAAGCAGGCAGACAUGAACAUGGACGCAGUUAAGACUUGAUAUAUCCUUCAAACUGAAACUGAAACGUCUGUGGGUUUGUUUGUUUUUUCAACAGUUGAGAAAACCGCAACUUCCUGAUUUGUCUUCGCUCGCGCUGUUUACAUUUGACAGAUAUGACUUUUUACGUCCGUAACAAAUGGUCUGAGCAGCUGCUGCGCGCGCGCGGUCCCUUCUCGUCCUUCUAAACUUCCGGCUACGGCGAUGAAAAUAUCCGGAAUAACUUUUCUAAACUUUUUGCUUUUAUAUCAUACAGUGUUAACGGAUGACGAAGCUACAAUAAUCAGAGAGUUGGGGGAGAACAUCGUGCUGCCAUGCCUCAACCUCCCCGUCAACACCACCCCGUCACUGACCCACUGGUUAAAGGGCAGCAUGGUGCUAGCCACCCGUAACCACUCUCUGCCUGCCAGCACGACGUAUAAAUUGACGCAUAUAUCCAUCCUGGACAACAGCAGCUUGAGCAUCGCUGGCUUGAUGACUAUAGAUGAGGAAGUGUAUCGGUGUGAGACUGAGCCGAGUGAUACCGACGUGCCACAUGCAGUUCAGCUACUGGUCACAGGUGGUCCAAAGGACAUGGAGGUAAAUGUACAACCGGCGACGUUUCUCCCAAAUGGAACAUGGUUCGUCGUCGAAGCCACCGACGUUGUUUUUAACUGUUCCAGCAAGUCAUACCCCUCGCAGAACCUGACCUGGACAUUUGAGGAUGUGACCCUGAAAGAAAACAAAAGCAGGGCAUUUGGGAAGGAUUCAUCUCUGAGCUUUACGAUCUUUAACAUUCGGCCUGAGGAUCAGACAAACUACACGUGCCUCGCUGAGAACAUCGUCUCCAAGAAAGUGGAGACACGAAGACUAGAACUGCUCGUCUACUAUGCUCCAGAAAUUCACCCGGACUGUAUUUGGCACUAUGGCUCUCAGCUCGAUCAGGUCCGCUUUAACUGCUCCUGGUAUGGAGCUUACCCGACCCCCACGCUAACGGUGAUAUUGGAGUCAAAAUCAGGCGGGGAACCCAUACUGAACGCAUCGCAGGAGACGGAGAACUUUGAGCUGACUCUGAACAGGAGCAUGCUGUAUGAGGGCCAGAAGAUCACCUGUGUAGGAAAACACGUAGCACAAACGCCUGGGGCCGAUAGGUCAUGCACCUUCACACUUGUGGCUCCGUACCCGAUCGGACAACCGAUGGUUGCUGCUCUGGAAGGCACGAGCAUCACUCUCUCAUGCACCGAGUCCAAGUCUCUGCCUCCUGCUAAAACCGUAUGGCUGCGAGGAAAAAAUCGGGCGCCCAUCGUUCCCAGCUCCAAGUACAUUGUGGUUGAGCAGGGCCCGAAUCUGAGCCUCACCAUAGUCAACGCCACCAUGGAUGAUCAGGACGUGUAUUUCUGCUGGAGUGAAAACGUUGUCGCUUUCCAUGCACUGGAGGUCUCCCUUACUAUCAGAUCCUCUGCGGAUAAGUCCGGAGCCGUGGUCGGGGUCUUCAUAUCAAUUUUAAUUUUAAUAGCUGGAUUCACAGUGGGCUACUUUCUGUACACCCGCCGUGACAGGAUAUGUCUGGGUUUCCGAUUUGGUAGUUUAAACGAUGACAACAUGGACGUGAUGACUCUCAUCGACUCCGACGAGGAAGACGUUUUCCACGAUGCCGUUCCGAGGCUCCCUCCACUUACUAACGGUCACGUUCCUACUCCAGCGACCACGCUUGUCGAAAUUCACUGCAUUCAGUCCAGUGAUCAUGAAGAUAAUGUGCAUGAUACAGGCCUAGAUCAUCACACACAAGACCAGACACAGGAUCACACAGAGCCAGAUGAAAAAUAAAGAAAAGGACUUGAACUGUACAGAAUUUCUUUCAAGAGCCAUUACAUUGGCUCAUUUUAUUUAAUAAUGCAGGGAUCUGAAGUUGCGAUUUGUGUGUGUUUGUGUGUGUGUGUGUGUGUGUGUGUGUGUGUGUGUGUGUGGUGGUUUUUACAGUAGAAUUAGCUGUUAAAAUGGUUGUAUAAAAUAAUAAUAAUUAUUUUAUUUUUUUGUUUACUUGCCAUGUAAUUUUGGCCACAUUGCGUGUGUGUGUGUGUGUGUUGUUACCCACUGCUUUGUAUAAAAGCAUAAAAACUGUCCAUAUGCGUUAAGACAAUGUUUUGAAAGGGUUUUUUUUUUUAAUUCCCUUUUAUUUGAAUGCAAAAGAAGCUUUUUCUAAUUCUGUCUGAUUGCUUUGAGAAUGAUGCAAUAUAACGACAAUAUCUACUGUAAACUGUAUGCGGCGGGUUUUCAGUGCAGCCGGUGGACGUCCUUUAUUUUUCUGAAUAAUUGAUUAAUCUGAUAAGAAUGAUCAGAAGGUUUCUUGAGGGUGUUGGCACAGCGAGUAGUUUCCCUUCUUUUGGGCUAUUUUUAAAACAAAAUUGGGCUGGAAAAAACACAAGAUGUAUUUUAUAUAGUUUUGAAAUGAUUCGUCAGGGUCUAGAUGAUCAUUAAUUUGGUUGAAAAAUGAAUGCAUUAAUGUAAACUAAUGUGGAUUUUUAUGUACAAAUUGUUUCCUGUUGAAAGAGUGGGAAAAGUUGAUUGAUAAUCUUGAAUGAAUGGAAGAUUUUGACAAAGCUGGAACUGUUUCAAGUGUGUCUUUUUAAAAAUUUAUUUAUUUAAUUAAUUAAAAAAUAAAAUAAAAUCUAUAAUAUUGCCCUU